AUGUUUGAUUUUUCUGAAAGUUUAAUUCGAAAUAAUUUUCAGGACAAAGAGUUCAAAGGCCCAAUUAAUCAUCUGUUAAAUAAAAAGAUAGCGUUUUAAGAAAGUGAUAAUUAGGGAAGAAGCAUUAAUACCUUUAUGAUCCCUGAUAAUAUGAUGCUAUAAAACACUCCUCCUCUGACUCCUAAAAAUGGAGAUAAAUAUAAAACUAUAGGACCAAGGUAGUCUGAAUUUCAAUCUGCCUAUGAAAUAGAUGAAAUUGAAUCUGAGAAGGAGAGCAAACCUUAAUUUUUGAGAUUAAUCAUAGCUAAAAGUUUACAAAACAAUUUUAUAAAUAACCUUUGGAAUAGAUCAUAUCUAAGGAAACUGCAUUAAUUAUCUACUUAUUAAAUUGAAUAAUUAGAUGAUUUAUAAUUUGAGUAGGAUGGAUUUUCAAAUAUUGCUUAUCCUAAUUAGAGGUCCUUAAUUCAAUCUCUCGCUUUUUGGAACCUAAUUGAUGUAUUUACCCCUUAUAGCAAAUUCAUAGUGAUUUGGGAUGUGUUCCAAAUUCUCACCUAUAUUAUGAUCUUCUUUUGGUUACCUUACAAGAUCUCUUUUGAAAUAUAUUACAUAAGUGAAUUAUUUGACGGGGAUAGAGGCAGUAAGAUUAUAGAAAUUGUGCUCCUCUCUAUUUUGUCACUUGAUGUAGUGGUUGGACUCAAUCUGGCAUUUAUUUACAAGGGAUAAAUCAUCAAAGAUAGAAAAAGAAUUUAGUAAAUAUUACAUUUUAUUUAUGGUCUCAUUAUCCACUGUUUCAGCUUAGCUCUUUAUUCCGUACCUAAGUUCGAAAGACAGCAAUAUGCUCAUCCUACAAAUAGUGCUGGGUGCAAUAUUCUACAUACUCAGAAUAACAAAAAUCAAUAAGAUUUUAGCAUAAAUCUAAGAGUAAUCAUAGUUUUAUCUAGAUUUUUUAACCUCAAUGGAUCACUUAAUGACAUGGUUGGUCUCAUGAAAUUGCUUAUGAUAAUAAUAUUUAUAGCUCACAUCUGUGGAUGCACAUGGCAUGGGAUAGCACAUUACACAAGUAAUUAUACUUGGUUGGAUGCUUACAACUUAAGAGAGAAAACAAAUAGUACUAGAUACAAUUACUCAAUAUAUUGGGCGACCAUGACAAUGACAACUGUAGGUUAUGGUGAUAUCACAGCUCAAAAUAACCUGGAAUUAUUAAUGAAUAACAUAACCAUGUUUGUAGCCAGCAUAGUUUUUGCUUAUUCUGUUAAUAGCAUAGGAAUAUUCGUGUCUAAUAUGUACAAAGGAACAAUGGAAUACAGCAGGACAGUUACUUUGAUUAAUACCUUUAUGUCUAAGAAUAAAAUUCAAUUUGAUUUACAGACAAGAAUAAGAAGUUAUUUAGAGUACAUUUGGUAGGAAGAAUAAGAAAUGAAUGACGAUGAGGUUGGUUCAAUUGUGAAAAAGUUGAGUAGACAUCUCUAAGAUGAAUUAUAAUAUCAAUUGCGAGGUAACAUUCUUAAGAAUUGUAAAAUCAUUAUGAAAUUGUUUUCUGAACAAUUUCUCAAGAAUCUCCUUUAAUCUAUGGAGGAAUUGUCAUUUAGUCCUGAUGAAAGAAUAAUUACAUGUAAUUAAAUAGACGAUUGCUCGUUAUAUAUAAUUACUAAAGGGGAAGUAGAGUUAAUAUUCUCAGGGAAAAAUUAGUUAGGAGACAUGAUAAAGAGAAACUCGAUCAAAAUACUCAAGUAAUAUUAGUCUUUUGGAGAGGUUGCAUUUUUUACUGGAAAUCCUAGAACAGCUACUGCGAUCUCUAAAGGAUUUACAAGGGCGUUUAAAAUAAAAAGAGAAAAUUUUCUGGCUAUUUUACAAUAGUUUUCCCAAAUGAUUACGAAAAAAGUUUUGUGA